AUGUCCGCCUUGUCCGCCAGCGUUGUGGCCUCGCCAGAGGCUUACACCAAGGCGCUGCUGCACUGCUACAAGUACCCGGCGCAGCCGGUUAUGGGCAUGCUCGUCGGCAAGCGACUGAGCGACGACGCUGGCGCCGCGGCGCAGGGCAGCGGCAUUCCCAGCAGCACUCACACGAGCUGCGGCGCCGCCAGCGGCACCUCUUCGAGCACCUGCUACGUAUCUGACGCUGUACCGCUCUUCCACACGCUGCCCAUGACGGCGCCGCACCCAAUGCUGGAGGUCGCCUACGCGCAUGUGCAGUACGCCGCCAAGACGACGGGGCAGUCACUGCUCGGCGUGUACAUCGCGAACGAACGCCUCACGGACAACGGCGUCUCGCCGCUGACGAAGAGGAUGCUGGAGGCGUUGCAGGCCCGCAUGCCGUCGAGCACAAGGCUCCUCGUCUGGUUCGUGAGUAACGAGUGCCUCACCUCGCCGCCGAUGGGGCUGGCGAUCACCUCUCUGACGGCGGAUCGCUGUUCGUGCAACAAGACGAUCUCGUUGCCGUCGCAAGCCUCCGCGGAUGAGCGGAUGACGUUUGGCCGCUGGAACUCCGACACGCUUGCACCGGAGGCGACGGUGUCGGAGGAGAGCGUCAUGGAGAGCGUGUCGAACGCGCUGGACGCCUUCGCGCACUACCGCAUCGCCGACCUGGAGGAUCACCUCGAGGACUCUUCUAUCACCUACCUGGAGCAGCCCCUGGUGGCGCUCAUGACGCGCAAGUAA